AAUAUAUACGAUGAAGAGGGCGAUCGAAAGUGGCCGACUACAUAUGUAAAUAAAUAAGCCAAUCCGAAAGUAUACUACAUAGGCCCCCGGAAUUCCCAUGAACCAAUUAGACUAAUAAGACCAACGACUCCAUCCUCACAGCAACAACACAACUUCAACCUCAACCUCAACCUCAACCCACUUCGAAGCGAACAGCAACUGGUCAACAGCAAAACAACAACCAUGGCUCAACCCAACAAACCAAGCUCACAGUCCAUCUCACUAGACUCACUCUCUCUCCCACUACUAUCGAUCACCUCACCAUCCCAAUCACCAACUACUACCACACAACCAACAAACCAACUCAACAGCAACAAAACCCCAGCACCCUCAUCAUCAUCAUCAUCAUCAUCAUCAUCAUCAUCAGCAUCAUCAGCAGCAGCAGCAACAGCAACAACAACAGCUCCAGAUGGCACAACACCAACACCACCAGCAUCAAUACCAGCAACAAUAACAGCAACAAAUAACUCAGACUAUUCACCAUCCUCAUCACCCAGCUCAUCAUCUGCUGCCUCAUCCUCAUCAAUCACAACCAACACAACCACUCACUCUAACUCAAACUCAAUCAGCCCAACCCUCACCAAACACCCUACUGGCUUACCACACUCAGCCCAACACCCACACCCCCCAUCAAAACCUGCCCAUCGACCUCAUGUGGGCAACCCUGGUGGGGUCAAGGUCCCACCCGGCUUGGUGGCCAAAAUGGCAGCAAUGACCAAGCGCAAGGAUAACCUUCCAUCCUCCUCAAUGCCACACAACCAAAGAUUGGAUCCGAUGGCCUUCAUUGGCGAUCGUCCCUCGGCAAACAGCGCCGUCUCCCGACCUGCCCCGAGUCCAUCGGCCAUGCUAACGCCAUCGAUGAGCACCCGACGAGCUAAGCCGAUGAUGAAACUCGGUGAUAUGCACUCUCAACCACCCUCAUCAUUAUCCUCCUCCUCCUCCUCAUCCUCGAUGAACAAUCAGACCAAGUUCUUGUCCGUCUCGGGAGCUGCCGCUGCGACCCCAUUCGCUAACUUUAGUAAGAUCGUCGACCCCUCCGGCAGACUCAAUUUCGGCGGAAAGGCCAUCCUCCAUUCCCAUGGCGUCGACUUCUCCAACGGAUCCUCCUUCUCUAUCAAUAUGAACGAAUUGACUCUCAUGGAAGAAUUGGGUAAAGGUAAUUAUGGUACCGUCCAGAAAGUUUUCCAUAAACCUACCAAAGUGGUCAUGGCAAUGAAAGAAAUUAGAUUAGAAUUAGAUGAUUCAAAGCUCAAAGCGAUUCUCACCGAGCUUGAUAUCUUGCAUCGAGCGACCUCAGAUACGAUUGUCGAGUUCUAUGGCGCCUUCUUUAUCGAAUCUUGUGUCUACUACUGCAUGGAAUAUAUGGAUGGUGGAAGUUUGGAUAAGUUGGCGGGUGCUGAUGUUCCGGAGCCCGUCCUGGCUAGAGUCACCGGGAGGGUUGUUGAAGGGUUGCGAUUCCUCAAGGAUGAGUUGCAGACUAUACAUCGAGAUGUCAAGCCGACGAAUGUGUUGAUCAACCAGAAGGGAGAAACCAAGUUGUGUGACUUCGGAGUGUCGGGUCAACUGGAGAGAUCGUUAGCGAAGACGAACAUCGGAUGUCAAUCGUACAUGGCGCCGGAGCGGAUCCAGGGGGAACGGACGGGAGAAGUGAAUACGUAUACGGUUUCCUCGGAUGUGUGGUCCUUAGGGAUCUCGAUCAUCGAAUUUGCGAUCGGUCAUUACCCUUAUCCUCCCGAAACUUACUCAAAUAUCUUUGCCCAACUUAAUGCGAUCGUUCAUGGAGAAUCGCCUAGUCUUCCGUCUGAGAUCUAUUCGAAUGUGGCGAUCGAUUUCGUCAAUCAAUGUUUGAUCAAAAAUCCUAAAGAUCGUCCUACUUAUAAUGAUCUCCUCAAACAUCCUUUCCUCCGUGAGGAAGCGAAGAAUCACGUCGAUAUGGUCGCGUGGGUUGCUGCUGCUAUCCAACAGGUUAAGAAGUAAUCCUCACCUCCCUCUUUUACUCUCUUUUCUCUUCUCAUCACCUCUUUUCUUCUUCUUCUUCUUCUUCCUUUUUCCUUAUCUUGCUUCUUUUUUUGUAUGUCUUCAUCUUUUUGUGCCUCUAUGUAUGUCUUUGUGUGUGUCUAUGUGUGUUUCUUUGAUUAAUUUAUAUAUAUAUAUAUAUCUUCAUAUAUAUAAUGAUAUGUACAAUUUUUUCUUAUCUUUCUUUCUCUUUUCUCUAAUGUUUUUCCUCCAUUUUUUUCCCAUUUCUUUCCCAAUUAUUUCUAUUUCAUUCUUCAUUCUCCAUUCAUUCUUCCUUUUCAUUUUUCAUUUUUUUUUUUUUCCAUUUCCAUUUUCAUUUUUUGAGAGGAGGGUGGUUGUCAGCUGGUACAAAUUAGUUCAUCUCACUUUGGUUUAGUUUAGUUUAGUUUAGUUUAGUGAAGUUUAGUGAAGUUUAGUGAAGUUUAGUGAAGUUUAUUUACUUUUGAAUAAACAUUCUAAUUUGUUUUUUUUCUGUGUUUCAUGUUGGUUCCAAGUUUUAGAAAACACUAGGUGAAUCCCCCCAAAAAAAGCAGACAAAC